UGUCGCCUGACCGGAUGAUGACAGAAGUUUGCGGUUGACCACGGAGAGACUUUUAUCCCUGUUAUUCAGCUUGUAAGCUCUCGGGGACUCGGGUUGCAGCUCACACUCUGUAUUUGUUUGAGUUUUUGAUGAUUUAAGUCUAAAGGGGGUCCGACAGACUGCUGCGGGAACUUUCUGUCUGCUGGAACAGAGACCCUCUGGCUCUCAUUUGCCCCGGUUGGAGGGCAGGAAAGAGCCCACUGGGCUGACCGAGGUGCCGCGAUGGGAAACCGGGGAAUGGAAGACCUCAUUCCGCUUAUCAACAAGCUGCAGGACGCGUUCAGCUCCAUCGGACAGAGCUGUAACUUGGACCUGCCUCAGAUAGCGGUCGUCGGCGGACAGAGCGCUGGGAAGAGCUCGGUGUUGGAGAAUUUCGUUGGGAGGGACUUCUUGCCAAGAGGAUCCGGCAUUGUGACCCGUCGUCCUCUCAUCCUGCAGCUGGUAAACAGCAAAGCAGAGUAUGCAGAGUUCCUGCACUGUAAGGGCCGCAAGUUUGUGGACUUUGACGAGGUCCGUCAGGAGAUUGAAGCUGAGACUGAACGGCUCACAGGAUCCAACAAAGGCAUCUCCCCCAUCCCCAUCAACCUGCGUGUCUACUCCCCUAACGUGCUGAACCUCACGCUGAUCGACCUGCCGGGGAUGACCAAAGUUGCCGUGGGAGACCAGCCUCAUGACAUCGAGCACCAGAUCAGAGACAUGCUGCUGCAGUUCAUCACCAAGGAGAGCUGUCUCAUCCUUGCUGUCACCCCAGCCAACACCGACCUGGCCAACUCUGAUGCCCUCAAAAUCGCCAAGGAGGUGGACCCUCAGGGGCUGAGGACCAUUGGUGUGAUCACAAAGCUGGACCUGAUGGACGAGGGGACAGACGCUCGAGACAUCCUGGAGAACAAACUGCUGCCCCUCCGCAGAGGCUACAUUGGGGUGGUGAACCGUAGCCAAAAGGACAUUGAUGGGAAGAAAGACAUCCGCGCUGCUUUGGCUGCUGAGAGGAAGUUCUUCUUGUCCCAUCCUGGAUACAGACACAUCGCAGAACGCAUGGGAACACCACAUCUGCAGAAAACCCUCAAUCAGCAACUUACCAACCACAUCCGAGACACGUUGCCAGGGUUACGCAGUAAGCUGCAGAGCCAGCUGUUAUCGCUGGAGAAGGAGGUGGAGGAGUACAAAAACUUCCGUCCUGAUGACCCUGCACGCAAAACCAAGGCCUUACUCCAGAUGGUGCAGCAGUUCGGCGUGGACUUUGAGAAGUGCAUCGAAGGCUCUGGAGAUCAGGUCGACACGUCCAACUUGUCUGGUGGAGCAAAGAUCAACCGCAUCUUUCAUGAGCGCUUUCCUUUUGAGCUGGUGAAGAUGGAGUUUGAUGAGAAGGAGCUGAGGAAAGAAAUCAGCUACGCCAUCAAGAACAUCCACGGAGUCAGGACAGGACUGUUCACCCCUGACCUGGCGUUUGAGGCCAUAGUGAAAAAGCAGAUCAUUAAGCUGAAAGAGCCGUGUCUGAAAUGCAUCGACCUGGUCAUCCAGGAGCUCAUCAACACAGUCAGACAGUGCACUAAUAAGCUGGGAUCGUACCCUCUACUGAAAGAAGAGACCGAGAGGAUCGUCACCACCUAUGUCAGAGAGAGAGAGGGCAAGACAAAAGACCAGGUGCUGCUGUUGAUCGACAUCGAGCUCUCAUAUAUCAACACCAACCACGAGGACUUCAUCGGAUUUGCUAACGCCCAGCAGAGGACGGCUGCCAACGCCACCAAGAAGAGAGUGAUGCCCAACCAGGUGAUCCGCAGAGGCUGGCUUACUAUCAACAUCAGCAUCAUGAAGGGAGGGUCUAAGGACUACUGGUUUGUCCUGACGGCGGAGUCUCUCUCCUGGUACAAAGAUGAGGAGGAGAAGGAGAAAAAGUACAUGCUGCCUCUGGAUAACCUGAAGCUGAGAGACGUGGAGAAGGGCUUCAUGUCCAGCAAACACGUCUUUGCCAUUUUUAACACCGAACAGAGGAAUGUGUAUAAAGACCUGCGUCAGAUCGAGCUGGCCUGUGACACUCAGGAGGAUGUGGACAGCUGGAAGGCGUCGUUCCUCAGAGCUGGUGUUUACCCGGAGAAAGACCAGCCUGACAGUGAAGAAACUAUAAAUUCCAGCGACACUGUGUCCAUGGACCCGCAGCUUGAGCGACAAGUGGAGACCAUCCGCAACCUGGUGGACUCAUACAUUGGCAUUGCCAACAAGUCCAUCAGAGACCUCAUGCCCAAGACCAUCAUGCACCUGAUGAUCAACAGUGCGAAGGACUUCAUUCACUCGGAGCUGCUGGCCUACCUGUACUCUGCGGGGGAUCAGGGCAGCAUGAUGGAGGAGUCAGCAGAGCAAGCUCAGAGGAGGGAUGAGAUGCUGAGGAUGUAUCAUGCUCUGAAGGAGGCCUUGGUCCUUAUUGGAGACAUCAGCACCACCACUGUCUCUGUUCCUGUGCCUCCACCUGUGGACGACAACUGGAUCGCCAAAGACCCGAGUCCUCCUCCAGCAUCCCGCCCUACAGCAGCCACAGCGCCACCUCCAGGCAGACCCCCGGCAGCAUUUGGAGCUCCGCCCGUACCCUCCCGACCUGGAGAUCCCACACCUGGUGCUGUUCCUCUUGUCCCCUCCAGACCGGCCCGCGUGCCUCCUGCUCUGCCGCCCGGGAUCCCAAGGCGACCUCCACAAGGCCCAUCACGCCCAAACCGCUGCUGAAUCCAGCUGAGCUCUCGGACUGUCGCCCCAUCAGGUGCACUUGCCAGUCGACGUUCAGGAGGAGUUUUUGUGUGAUCCAGAUCUGUUUCAUUAUAUAAGGGAGGAGUUAACUGAAUGAUUUAUUAUUCAUAUGAAUCUAAAGUCAGACCACAUGGUAAAAGGUCUUCUUCGUUCAAACAAACCAUUUCAUUUCUUUCCUUUACUUGAAUAAUUAGUCUCACCCCACAUUCAGGGUUUGACAUGAUUCUGCCAUCUGUCCGGGUGACAUCAGUAGAACUUAAGAUUCUGAGUUCUGCAGGAUUGAAUCAUAAAUAUUCAUUAGACAUCUGUGUGUCUCUAGUCUGUAUUCUACAAACACACAUUAAACCAAGUUUCUGUGUAAAA